GCCGGCCGGGGGCCCUGCGGAGCCGGGCUUGGGCCAGCGUCGCGGGCCGCCGCCUCUAUGGGGUGUUGACAAGUCUCUUAGAAGGCUUUGGAAGGCUGAAUGGGCUAAACAUGAAGAGCUUGAAAGCAAAGUUCAGGAAGAGUGAUACCAAUGAGUGGAAUAAGAAUGAUGAUCGGCUGCUGCAGGCCGUGGAGAAUGGAGAUGCUGAGAAGGUGGCUUCUCUGCUGGGCAAAAAGGGAGCCAGUGCCACUAAACUCGACAGCGAAGGCAAAACCGCUUUUCAUCUGGCUGCCACAAAAGGUCAUGCAGAGUGCCUCAGGAGCAUGGUUACCCAUGGCGCGGACGUAACAGCCCAGGAUACUGCUGGGCACAGUGCUUUACACCUUGCAGCAAAGAACGGCCACCAUGAAUGCGUCAAGAAGCUUCUUCAGUCUAAAUGUCCAGUAGAGAGCCUCGACAACUCUGGAAAAACAGCUUUACAUUAUGCAGCGGCAUUUGGUUGUCUUCAAGCGGUUCAGGUUCUGUGUGAGCACAAAAGCCCCAUUAACCUCAAGGAUUUGGAUGGGAAUAUACCUCUACUUCUUUCAGUACAAAAUGGCCAUACCGACGUCUGCAGGCAGCUCCUGGAUCAUGGUGCGGAUAUCAAUUCCAGGGACAAAAAUGGAAGGACAGCGCUGAUGCUGGCUUGUGAACACGGCAGCUCCGACAUCGUGGAAGCUCUCGUUCAGAAGGGGGCUGACUUGAACUUGGUGGACUCUCUCGGACACAAUGCCCUUCAUUAUUCCCAGCUGGUGGAAAAUGCAGGAAUUCAGAACCUCUUAGUAUCCAAAAUCUCUCAGGAUCCUGACAUAAAGACUCCAACAAAGCCAAAGCAGCAUGAUCAAGUCUCUAAAAUAAACUCAGAAAGAAGUGGAACUCCAAAAAAACGCAAAGCUCCACCUCCUCCUAUCAGUCCUUCCCAGUUAAGUGAUGUCUCCUCUCCACGCUCAAUUACCUCAACUCCAGUGUCUGGCAAAGAGUCAGCUUUCUUCUCAGAAACUCCAUUCAAGCAAGAAGAAGUCAGCUUAAUACGAGAAAACAAGGACAGGCUGAGUGAUAGCACUGCGGGGGCUGAUAGCUUAUUGGAUGUAAGCUCUGAUGCAGACCAUCAGGAUCUUCUUCUACUGCUGCAAGCAAAAGUUACUUCUCUUACAUUGCACAAUAAAGAAUUACAAGACAAGCUACAGAACAAGUCACCAAAAGGGCUAGAAGGAAACCUGAGCAUUGAUUCCUAUCAUUCCACCCAAACUGAUUUGGAACCCUCGAUAGACCGACCAAAUGACACCACGACUCCAGAGCCAAGAUCACCUAAGCCUGUACUGACCCCUCCUCCGGAUAAAGCCACCGGCAGCAGCGAGGUCCAAAUCCAGCAGCUACAAGAAAUUUUGCAAGAUGUUCAAAUGAAGCUUGACCAAUCUGAAGCGGAGAGAAGGCAGUUGGAGGCCCAGCUCCAGUCUAGAGUCCCAGAAUCACUUGGCUUGAAUGGCUUAGAGGCGUUAGAAAAUAACUCCGAUCUGAACAAGAAGUUUAAAGAAACCGAGAGGAAGAGCGAGGAGGCCAGAGACGUGGUUUCAGCUCUACCAAAGCAGAUGGAAUCAGGCCCUCCCCUGGUAAACAAGGAGGGCCAUUCGAAAAUGGAUGAAUUGGGGAUGGCACGGGAGGAGAUGGAGGGGCUAAAACGAAAGCUUCAGGACGCCUUCGAAGAAAGUGAAAGAAAUAAGGAGAAAGUGCGAGAGAUGGAGGAGAAACUAGGAGAGAAGGAAAGGAACGUGGUUAAUGAAAUGUCCGCGAAAGAGUACGAGAAAAUGAAGAGUUCCUAUGCCUCAAUUAUCGAGCAUAUGAACCAGGAGAAGGCUUUUGUGAUUGAAAAGUACAAAGAAGCGCAAGAAGAGAUCAGAAGGUUGCAAGACACCCUGAAAAGUCAGGUGCCCCAGGAAUCCAGCGAUGAAACCGGCGAGAUGAAAGAAGCAAUGAACAGAAUGAUAGACGAACUCAAUAAACAAGUGAGCGAGCUGUCUCACCUCUACAAGGAAGCGCAAGCAGAGCUGGAGGAUUACAGGAAGAGGAAGUCGCUAGAGGAGGUGACGUCCGACUACAUCCAUAAAGAGGAGCACGAGAAGCUGAUGCAGGUGAACAACGCGUCCAGAGUUAAAGCGGAAGAGGCGUUGUCAGACAUGAAAUCCCAGUAUGUGAAGGUAUUGAAUGAAGUGACGCAGCUCAAGCUGUUGGUCGAUGCCCAGAAGCAGAACUCUGUGUCCAUCACAGAGCACCUGCAGGUGGUGACCGCACUCCGGAGUUCGGCCAAGGAAACGGAGGAGAAGAUGGCCGGUCUCAAAGAACAGCUCGCCAACAAGGAAGCCGAAGUGAAAAGCCUCCAGAAAAAUCUGUCGGAUGAGAAAGCUGCAGUAAGCGACGCGAUGGUGCCCCGGGCUUCCUACGAAAAGCUCCGGGUGUCUUUGGAGGGUGAAGUCAGCGUGUUGACUUCCAAGUUGAAGGAUUCGCAGAGGGAAAGAGAGAAGACCACUUUAGAGGCCUCUCAGGUGAAAAGUGAGCUCUCCCAGCUCAAAAGGGAAAAGGAAAAUGUUCACAGUCUCUUGAAAUCUAAGGAGCAGGAGGUGCACGAGCUUCUUCAGAAAUGCCAACAGACUCAAGGAGAGCUUACGGAAAUGAAGCGGUCUUCAGAGAGCUCUUCAAAACUGGAGGAAGAUAAAGAUAAAAAGAUAAAUGAGAUGUCAAAGGAAGUGAUCAAGUUAAAGGAAGCCUUGAACAGCCUUUCUCAGCUGUCCUAUUCAACAAGCACCCCCAAGAGGCAAAGUCAGCUGCUCGACGCUCUACAGCAGCAGGUGAAACAACUGCAGAAUCAGCUAGCGGAAACCAAGAAGCAGCACCAGGAGAUUGUAUCAGUUUACAGAAUGCAUCUUCUCUAUGCCGUUCAGGGUCAGAUGGAUGAAGAUGUCCAGAAGGUUCUGAAACAGAUCCUCACCAUGUGCAAGACUCAGUCCCAAAAGAAGUGAAACCCUCUCCCAGGUGUCCUGGAGCUAGGGAGUUUCCCAGAUUUGCCUUAAAACACAAGUUGUAGUCGGCAACCACUGCCAUUUGUCCUGUUCUCGGCAAUGCACUAUGAGCUAACAAUAGCACUAACAGCGUCUCCCUUCUUCACUAAGGCCCAUGAGGACUGGCCCGUGGCGGAACCGGUCUGUGGGUCCUGAGAGGUGACCGGGCCGUCCCUCCUCCUCUCCUCACAAUCUCGAACCUGGAUCCCAUGACCCGCCAGCACUGCGGGUCCAGGUGGCCAUCCUGAGUCCGGAUCUGCCUGGCCGAAGGCUUCAAAGAGUAUUUUUUGGGGGUUGUGAGGUCCAGCCAAGGGAGGUUCUGGCUUCAGUCUGCUCCGCAUCCUGCCUGGGGUUCAGGGCCCACUAUUCUGAUCCCUGGCUUGGUUCUUCCUCACAUCUCCCCCCUUCCCCUUUCCAUGUUCCGCACCUCAGCUCCUAGGCUGUGUUUCUCCUGAAGGGGAUGUAGAAGGAGACGGUCCCUGCCCCUGGUUACUGGAUCCACCCUCCCAUCGCUCAUCACUCCCCUCUCCCCCCUCCAUCUCUCCCCCAGUGGAGUAAGCACAACAGGUUUCCAAGUUGGGUUACAGUCUCCCUUCCGAGCUGCAUCUCCCCACACCCCCACCAUUCAGCCCGGCAGUCAGAGAAUUGGGAACGAUUAUAAUCACGGUUAAAAUCCGGGUUACAGGCCGAAUGGGGUUGGGUGGUUUUUUAAGCAAAACUAUGAAAAAUUGUGAACUUUCUAUGCAAGCUUGCCUACUACUGUUAAUCCGCGAAGCUCAGGAAAUUCAAAUACACAAUUUUCAAACAAGGGAUUACAGUGAACAGAGUGUUUACAGCUAAAAGAAAUGCCUCAUAGUCCCUCACCUCACUUUUGUAAAAAAUCUUUUUCCUCCCUUUAUAUUUUUAUUGGCCCUUUCAUUUUUUUUUGUACCUAACCAUUUACUACAGAAAGUUUGCAUUAAGCUAUAUUAGCAAAAUCUUUUAGGUAACCAUGUUUUAGACUUAAGAAAAAUACCUUGACCCAAAGCACUCAGCUGUAGUGAAGUGUAAUAAAUGAGAAGAGUCUGCAUCAUAUACCACAGGGGCAGUUUUUCAGAAGAUAGCGACAGGUAAUUCUCUUUGAACAGUCUAACUAUGCCAAUAUUUCUGCCCACUGUCCAUAGGGAGAACGAACUGUCAUUGCCCACUAAUUUUUAAACCUUGAAGCGAGAAUUGACACCGUCCUAAACAUGGUAUAGUUACGGUGCUGAACAGAGCCUUAUAGUUAGCCACUACAUUUAAAGGUUAAAAAAACCCUUCUUUUAACUAGCUUGCUGCUUCCCUUAUGGUUUUGACCUUGUCGGAGGAGAUAAAUCCAGUUCUGUAAAUCUUCAGGGUUAUUAGCACCUGAAGUGUUUGCCUGUUUUAACAGUGUCUGCACUGCUUCGGGCUGCUUGGACUCCAAGUCUCUAUUCUCUCUAUCAGAUGAUAUCCAACGGUGUCAAAGCAAAAUGGCUUGAAAACUUUGCAGUGGAGUAGCCUUGGUGUUACUGUUCUCAAUUUGGUUAAUUCCGUGUCCUUUCUGGUUAGCCAGUUGUGAAAAUGCUCCCAAGAAAUACGAAAGGACAUUUUGUUGCAGCACUUAAAAUGCAUAACCCCCCCUCCGAAAAAAGAAAUCCAGCAUGCACAUGCUACAGAGAAUAAAACUUGAGACGUUUUGUAGGUUGCCUGACGAAUCUAGUCUUUUAUCAUUUUUCAUUAUGCAUAUUUAUUACAAGUAUCCUGGUUAAUUAUUGAAACGUUAUACACUAUACUCUAGCCUUUCGUGUUUGUAAUUUACAAAAUUUUAUUCAGAAAAUAAACUUUGGU